UCACUAAGCGAACUGUUGUAAGUCGAGGACCGCAUGUAGUUGUCUCAUGGCUAGAGGCAAGUGGUGAGACCUUUUGGGCCAUCAGUGAAAAUUCCUUUUUGCCAACAUCUGUUGAUUUCCAUCCUCUCCUAGGACAGCUCUUGAAAUACAAGAAGAUUUCAUUAGUUGUGAUGAAUAAAAGGGAGAUGUUGAAGGUCAGUUUUAAUUCAACCUGUCACCUGAUAUUACCCAGAGGUUCUAACAUGUGCGUUUGUUGUUACAUUAAAACCUUACAAUGCAGGCAGAGGGAUCUCUACAUAUUAACAUAAAACACUACAUUACUUUACCAAGAACGCAUUGCAUUUAUCCCUGAGCCGUUUUCGAUUCCCCAGAUACUCUGAUUUUUUUUUUCUUCUCCCACAAAUUAAAUAACAAAAAAGAGGGGGAAGGUCAACCUUUGUAAGCCUGUGAAAAAGUUCGCUCUCUAUUUUUAACACUUUUUCCUUCUGAAGUGUUUAAAAACUCCAGAUGCUUUCUCAGGUCUCGCAGGGCAGUAAAAAAAAAAAAAAAAGACUUAGGAAUAACUCUGUAUAACAUAGGCUAGUCGUGGUGAAACAUUAACCCGUUUUUCGCUUCAAGGCGCUAGCCUCCCUCGUGGCGCCCCACGCCGUACGUUUUUUUCCCUUAUCGUAGCGAUCUCGAUGGCCGCUUCCCUCAACUGCCUUGGCAAGCAGCUCUUAAGGGAGCGAAAGGCGUCAAGCUUAUUGCUCUGCCGACAGGAUGCCAGCCCCCCCCCCUUUUUUUUUCCUAAGCUACGAAUCUAAAGUCCCCGGAUAACUCAGGAGCUGGUUAGCGGGAUUUCUAAAGGAAGGCGGGAGGCGCUUCAUCCCUCUCGCAGGCGACCGACCCGCGGGAUCCUUCGCCUCGCAAGCAUCCCUCCCGGGCAAGAGGGAGCACGAAGCGCGCCCAGGAACUUCAAAACCCGGGCAGAGAGGGCGCGCGAGCCUUCCUCGCGCUCCCUUUGUGUCCCAGGCGGCCGCGGCUGACCACCGCCGGCUGCGGAGUUUUCCUCGCCCCUCCCGCUCCGACCAGCCCGCCCUGGCUCCCCUCCCGCCCACCGGCUUCCCCUGCCCUGGCGGAGGGAGAACGUGUUCGCCUCUGGGCCGGCAAGAUGGCGGCAUCGGCGGGGUCCGGCCCCGGGGAGCCCGACGUGGGGGCGGGUGGGGAGCCCCGCGCUCUUUCCCCGGAGGAGAUCGCCCGCAGGCUGCAGAGCACAAGGCGGGAGCUGAGCAACAGGCGCAAGAUUCUGCUGAGGAACCUGCCCGCCGAAAGCAGCAGCCAGGAAAUCCAUGAGUUAUUAAAAGACUUUGAGCUGAAAUAUUGCUAUGUGGACAAACAUAAAAGAACAGCUUUUGUUACUCUGUUGAAUGGGGAGCAAGCUCAGAGUGCAAUACGGCUAUUUCACCAACAUUCCCUCAGAGGAAAAGAAAUAUCACUGCAGCUUCAGCCAACCGAUGCCCUGCUCUGCAUUACCAAUUUGCCCCCUUUCUAUACGUUGCAAGAGUUUGAAGAGCUAGUGCGACCUUAUGGGAAUGUGGAGAGACACUUCUUGGUAUACAGUGAAGCCACAGGCUAUUCCAAGGGCUAUGGUUUUGUGGAAUAUAUGAAAAAGGAUUCUGCAGCAAAGGCUAGGUUGGACCUUCUUGGGAAGCCAUUAGGCGAAAAUGUCCUUUUUGCACAGUGGAUGGAUGCUAAUCAAAUAACUUCAGAACUCAUACAUUCAAAGUGCCUUUGUGUGGAAAACCUUCCUAUAGACUAUACUGGUGAUGACCUCUUGCAAAAUUUCUCAACUAAAUAUAAACCUGUGUUCUACCAACUUGCUCAGGAUGAAGACAGCUCUGUUGGUGGCUUUGCAGUAAUUGAGUAUGAGACAGCAGAACAAACAGAGGAAGUGCAGGAAAGCACAGAUGGUUUGACUAUCAACGAAAAAAGAGUCCAUGUGUCUUAUUGUGCUCCUGGAGCUCCUGGCCGCAGUACUCUUGCUACACUUAUAGCAGCACAACGAAUGAUGAAAAACAAUCGAAAAGGGUUACUUCCAGAACCAAAUGCUGUGCAAAUCAUGAAAAGCUUAAAUACUCCAGCCAUGUUGCAGAUGUUGUUACGGCAUCAGAUGCAUGGAUGUGCUAAUAAACUUGUCCUAGGAGCUCCCAUGAAUGUGCCUCAUCUUGUAAAUCCAUCAGUCGGUCCAGCCUUUUUGCAUUUGAAUAAAAUUCAUCAGGGUCCUGUUUUUGGAAAUGCAUCAAAUUUGUUGCUGCAAAAUUUAUCACAUCUACAUAUGGCACCACUAUCAAAGAUUGAGAAUAUACAACCUAAUAGUAAACCAAGUUUGCUUGGAGAGCCUCCAGCUAUGUUGCUUCAAACAAUGUUAGGAAUGGGGCCUUUACCACGUGGCCACGGACAUGGGGAGUCAAGGAGAACCAUGCAAGUGACUCCAGCUCCAACGGCAGUGGCAGCAGGGAUGGGCUUACUGCCAUUCUUCCCAAACCAGCAUGUAACUGGACAAGCUGUCCCAAGGCAAACUAACACCCAAGAGAAGUUGCCAUCUUCACUGGGACUGACAGAAGGCACCGGCUCUGCAUCUCAAGCAUAUCUACAGAGCUUAACAAAUGUUGCUGCAGGAGGCCUUCAGGGAGGACAACUCCAGCAACAGAGCCAGCCAAAGAAUACUGACUCAAGCAUUGGUAGUUGUUCCAAAAAUCAAACCUCUCUACUUGGAGAACCUCCUAAGGAAAUACACCUCAGCACAAAUCCCUACUUGAACUUGGCAAGUGUUCUGCCUUCUGUGUGUCUUUCAGGAGCAGUCCCCAACAAAGCUAAUAAUACUAAGCCACAAUCUGUAGCUGCAAGUAACUCAAUCAACAGUGUAAAUGCUCAGGGAAACAUAUCACAGCAUGCAGUGGAAAACUCUUUUAACUAUUCACGACAAUACAGCGAUUACACACAGGAUUCAGUCCAGCAGUGGUAUCAGCAGUAUGCUCAGGCAUACCAUAGCAUUCAAACUAAAGUAGGAGACUUAGAAAACAGUGGCCCAGACGAAUCCAAUGGAGGAGUUUAUGGUGAUUAUGGUACCUAUUUACAGGUUAUGCCUUCAUAUUAUGCUGCAGCUCAAGGAUUCUUCCAUCCAAGCGUCUUGCCUUUUACACCUCAAAAUCCCCUAAAGAUGACUCCAGUAAAAAAUGAAAAGCGGAGCUCUUCAUACCUCAUCACAAAUCCAGAAGACAGUCCAGUGGAAUAUGUUGGCCCACAUACUCAGGGCUCCGGAAUGCAUUAUACAGAACUGUACCUUAAAAGAAAGCGUGUCUAUUAAGAUUUCUAUCUAACUGAAAUCAAAAUCACUUGUGGCAUUCUUGCCACUGUUAUCUUUUAAUAUAUAUAUUGUAGAUAACAUGUGCAAUAGUAUUGCAGAAAUUAGUUUUGAUAAGGAAAAAUGGUAUGGGGAAGAGGCUCUUUGUCUUCCGGAUUAAUUUUGUUGUUGUUAUUUGGGCUGACAGUAACGUGUUUUAGAAGAACAGCAAUGUUAUGGUGUGAGAGCUACUCUCAAAACAAUGAAAUAAUGGAACCUUCCUAAUGCCUUGUUUAGAAAUGGCACCGAUACCCUUAAAAAGCAAUAAUAGUCAGUGAAGUUACAAGAAGUCUCUUAGAUGACUCAAAGUCCUUGAUUGAAGAGGAUUUGUUAUAAUUCUGUUUCACAAUAAUAAUAAUACACUAUUAUUGAGAUGAUUGGGUUUAGAUUUCAAAUGUAACUACUCUCCUAGCAGUAAGUUAGGAAAAUGUUAAGAUACACAUGUUUUAUUGAAAAGAGCGUUGUUGAAAUAUAAAGUAUGUUAUGACAAAGUUUCUGUGGAACUGAAGGAUUGAUACUAGAUUUAUGUUUAUAGAUGCUGGCCUUUAGGAAUAUAAGUUCUAAAUCUAGAGACAAUAUUUAAACACAUUUUCAAAUGUAGUGUGUAUGAAUAUAUAUUUAAUAUCCAGUUGGAGCUCAAUUUAUUACAGUCACUUGCAUUUAAUUAAAAGAAUAUGCUUUCCAGAUGGUUCUUGCAGACACCUGAUUUAUCUCAGUUCCAACUUGGAAACUCUUUUUUGUUACACUUUUUUGACAAUUUGUGGGGACACUCCCCAGAAGUAAUACUUUGUACAUAUAUGAAACACUUCUGUUGAUAUGCUAUCUUUUAUUUCUAACUGGUCUACUUUUCUUGUGAGUGAAAAUGUGUUUGAAACAGGCUUAUUUACCACCGUGUGCCCACAGAAUUGAGAACUGUAAUUUGACUGUAAUAUGGCUUUAUUCAUAAAACUAAACGUAUUUAAAUCUGAUUGAAAUGUUUAUUGGGGUUGUGUCACUGAUUUCAAUAGCAGCUUAAUUGCCACAAGCAGCUGUUCUGUAGAAUUAGACCUGUCAUAUUUUGACACUAAACAAAAGGUUUUGGUUGUAUGCUUCUGGAAGAAGGAAGCUACUUCUGGCAGCACUUAGAGUGCAACCUUAAUUGGACCCACUAUAGUUAUGUAUUGGUCUCAUUACAUUUCCGUUACCUUUUGACCAGUCACGUUCUUGAUAAAUAAACGGGCAAGUAAAUAUUCUUACAAGCCUAUAUAGUUUAGUCCAUGUCGCUCAUAUAGGAAGAUGUUAAAUCAGCUGAAGAAUGUACACAUUUGGCAAUCAACUUUUUUUACUUGCAAUAAUGUUACAGAAAUUUAGGAAAUAAGCAAUUAUGAUAAGAUUGUAUUGCCUGAUUAUAUCUUCAAGUUAUAGUCCUUUAGAUGGUUUACAAAGUGAACCUCCUUAAAUGUAUGCCUAUAGUAGGGAACGGAAGGGAGCAAGAAAGUUCAGUGACUAAAUAAAUCUGUAUUUCUGUAUGGCUUUGUCCAGGACUUUAAUACUAUAGUUCAAGGGUGUCAAACUCGAUCUCAUUGAGGGCCACAUCAGGGUUGUGGUUGACCUUGGGGUGCCGGGUGGCGCAUGGCUAAGAGGGGAUAUGUCCAGUUCAACGUCACUCAUGGUGCGGGGGGCACCUGUGGUGGCCCAGGCAGGACUGGGGGGAUCCAGUGUCUCCAGCAGAAGGCGGCAAGACUAGGGUGAGUGCCAAAUCGUUGUCCUCCAGAGGAGCCUUGCCAUCCUUCUCAGGCCAAGCGAAGGACCACCGCAUGGUGGCGCACAGGGAAGCACUCAGUUGGCCCUCAAGCUCCCAGGGCACCAGGACCCCACAGCCCAGCCAAGCCCAGCCCUGCUUCCCCAAGGGGGCUCCCGGCUGUGCUUACCUCGAGCUCCUGUUGGAGCUCAGGGAUCAUGUCUAGGCCCCGCCCCCUGGGCAUGCGCACAGGAGUCGGCAAGCGUGAGAGCACCGGUGUCCUGGGUCA